AUGUUGGCUGAACCAGAGUCGAGCAGACGCCCAAAGCACGUCUCCGACGCAUCCUCCUUCUACUCGAGCUCCUCCCUCCAUCCCAACAAUCACUUCAACUCCCCUCCGCCAUCGGGCUCGUCCCUCCUCUCCCCAACCGUGGGCAGGAUGCCGAGCUUCCAUGACCUCGUAUGCCUUUCGUGUGCACCAGAGGUAGACCUGUCCAGACAGUCCGUCCAGACUCACUCCGUCUCCGAAAAAUUCGCCCUCCCCGCCGACCCGACUGUCUGGGGUUCCGACCUCCUCAUGGACCAGCCCGAGGCCGACGACGCGUUGCACAACCCGUCGAACCCCAAAUGGGCCGCCAAGACGGACCACAACGUCAUGACCCUCCGCGGCGCCACAAAUCUUGGCUGCCUCAUCGUCCUAGUCGUCGCUUUGCUCGCGCUCUUCCUCGGCUACCCCCUCCAGGCGUUCUUCACGCGCCACAUCCAGUCCACCCAGGGCGGCUUCAACGCAGGCGGCAUCAACGCCUCGGGCCAGGUCCCGAGCAUCCCGAACAACUUUGGCCUCAUCGACGUCGAUACGCCCUCCUCCGCGCACACCUACACCUCCUUCGCCGACGGCGCCGAGUGGCAGCUCGUGUUCAGCGACGAGUUCGAGACGGCCGGGCGCACGUUCUGGCCGGGCGACGACCCGUAUUGGGAGGCCGUCGAUUUACAUAAUUGGCAGACGAAUGAUCUCGAGUGGUACACGCCCGAGGCGGUCACGACGCGCAAUGGGUCACUCGAGAUCACGAUGAGCGAGAAGGCGAAGAACGGGCUGGAUUAUAUCAGCGCGUCGUUGUCGACGUGGAACAAGUUCUGCUUUACGGGCGGGCUGAUUAUGGCAUCUGUGAGUCUACCCGGCUCGAGCUCGGUUGCAGGCAUGUGGCCUGCGAUAUGGACAAUGGGCAACCUCGGCCGCGUCGGGUACGGCGCCACACUCGAUGGAAUGUGGCCAUACAACUACGACUCCUGCGACAUUGGCACUGCCCCGAACCAAACUCACAACAACGGGCCCCCCUACGCGCUCACACACGGCGACCCGUACAACGACAACAAGCUCUCGUAUCUCCCUGGGCAGCGCCUCUCGCGCUGCACGUGCCCCGGCGAGAGCCACCCUGGCCCCGUGCACGCGGAGGACGGGAGCUUUGUGGGCCGGUCGGCGCCGGAGAUCGAUAUUUUUGAGGCGCAGGUGGCGGGUGGGGUGGCUGGGUUGUCGCAGUCUGUGCAGUAUGCGCCGAUGAACGCAGAGUACAAGUGGAAAAACGUGACGGGGAACUAUAAGCUCAACAGCGACCAGGCGCAGCUGAACUCGUACACAGGCGGCGUGUAUCAGCAGGCCGUGUCUGGUACUAUCCCGACGAACCCGGACUGCUUCACGCAGGAGACAGGAUGCUUUUCCACACACGGGUUCGAGUAUAAGCCCGGGUACGCGAACGAUAGUGCUUACAUCACCUGGAUCGCGGACGGCAGUGCCUCGUGGACGCUCGAUGCUGCGGGCAUGCAGGCGGACCCACUCACGGAGAUCAACGACCGGCCGAUUCCGCAGGAGCCUAUGUACAUCAUCGCAAACCUCGCGAUGUCGCAGCAGUUCUCGCCGCCCGACUUUGCGGACCUCGUAUUCCCCAUGACGAUGCGCAUCGACUGGAUCCGCGUGUACCAGCCCAAGGACGCAAUCAACAUCGGCUGCGAUCCCGCGGACUAUCCUACCGCGUCGUAUAUUGCGCAGUACCCAGAGGCAUACAACAACCCGAACCUAACAACAUGGACAGGCCCUGCGUCUGCGGGCGGAUAUGACCAGACGAUGCCGAAGAAUUCGUUCCUCGGGCAGUGUUAG